CAAAUGGCAAACUAUAACAUGCGGUGAGUAAAUAUAUAUAACUUACACAUUAUAUUAUAUUUGUAGUGAAUACUGUUUACCAAUGAUAUAUUAAUAAUAUAUGGUAUGACUCUGCAAUCUAAAUAACUAACAUAAAAAAAGAAAUUCGCCAAAAUUUUCAAAAUACAUAUAUAAAUAAGAUAUAUUAGAAAUAUAUAGGAUUUUUUUUUCUAACCUACAACAUUAGUAUCAUAUUUAUUUCUUGUUACACGUGUGUAUAUAAUGUCAACAUCAUGUUGAAAAAUUUGCAUUCAAAAAUAUUGUAAAUUUAAAUCAAAACGCCUUAACUAACGUCACCUUCAGAAAAGUGUUUUCACUGUAACUUAGGUAAUUUUUACCUAAAAUCAAAAACCCAACAUUUUUCUUUUAGUAGAUGAGUAUAGCUACUGUUUGAACUUGAACGAUAGAUUUUAAGAAAACAUAAAAAUUGAAUUAUUUUUUGCGUUUUUCGCAAAUCAUAUGCACUUUUGCACUAAAUUUGGUCACGUAUUACGUAUUACCCUCUCAAUUGAGUUGUAAAUGAUGAAAAAAAUUUCUUCGUUCAAACAGUAGUCAAACAUGUUUAAAAGAUGUAUGCAAAAUUGCAAGUCGAUCGGUUCAUAAGUUAUCGAGAAGUUUUGAGUGGGAAAAUUUAGCUCGGAUCGCCUUGAAAAUUUCAGAGUUGUAGAAUUGCACACUAAAAACCCGACUAUUUAAAUUUACAAGACCCAUGGAACCCCUAAAACAACUCGAGAAAUAAACUCAAAUGGAAUUUAAUCCCAUCGAAGUUUGAAUAGUAAUUUCAAUCAAACAUUGAAACAAUUAUACAAAAAAUUUUGUUUAACACUUAAUUUUUUUAAACUAGUUUUUUGUUCCCAAAAAAAAUAUAUAUUAGCGCUAUUGCAAAAUUAUUUGUUUUUCCUUUUAGUAGUAUUAGCUAAAUUUUUGUGUAAUCUCCGGAUUUGUGAGAUUUAAAAACGAAAUAGCAUUUUCAACCGCAAAUAAAAUUAACACGUAAUUAAAAAUAGUACCUGCAUAUUAUGGAUCAUUUCAAUGUACCGAAGAAAGUAAAUCGACAUGUUUUGAAGGCGUUGGGUUUUCUGAGUGGGGGAAAUCGCGAUCAAGUGGUCGGCACGUCACAAAUAAUUGACCAAGUCAAGCAUCAAAUGCGUAACUUGGUACCGGUGGCCAAUCUCGCUAGCGCUGUGGGAAAGUCAUUAAAAAAUCUAAGCGAGAUUGGCCUGAUUGAUCGGCAUGGGAUGUAUAGGUAUGCGCUUGGGCGAUGCGCCGCCGUCGUGCCAAGUCCCAGUGCUCAGCCGAAUUCAAGAACUCCUGAUCGUCGUGUGUUUCGAGGCAAUAAUCCACGACGUUGUAGUCGUAGCAACUUAGACCCCAAUAUGAAGCGAACUCGGGGUUGCAGUGACGAAGAAUCUAUUUCAGGCGAUGAAUUCGAACGCGCGCGGAAGCGCAUGCGUUCAAAUAAUAAGCAAGUGCGUCACUGUGGUCGUUGGGCAUAUCUUCCUCGAGUACGACAGCAUAAUCAACGUAAUCAGCAUAUCCAGAAAGCCCAUUUAAAAGCUAAUUUCAAUACAGUCCAUAUUUCUCAAGACUUUUACUCUUUGGAUCACCCGCUAACGCAAUUGCGAGAAUUUCGUUCCAGUAGAGAAUACCGAAACCCAUUUGAAGUUAUUAGUAAUGACAUAAUGAAUAACAUACCAUUGGAUUUUAGUCUUGCCAAUGUGACACCCACACCAUCUCUGGAGAUAACAGAAAUUAAUGAUGAUAUAAAAAAAAUCGUAGACGUUCGAAAAAUAGUUGAAACGCCACCCUUACAACAGCAAAGUGAAAACAACUCGAAUACGGAUAAUGUAGUUGAGGAAUAUGAGGAGAGAGAGGAGGGCGUGCAAACUGAGCAUUUGUCACCGACAGCAGUACGAGGCUAUCGAAGUGAAUUAUGUGUAGAUGGUGAAGCAGCCUUCGGGAAUGGUAGCGCGACUGCACAAAUGCAAACUGCACGAAAAAACACAACAAAUCAGAAUCAAAUUUUGAAAUCGUUCACUUCAAGACGGUUGCUGAACACAUCCAGUCCGUACGCUGCUACGUCAGAACAUUCUUCUAAAUCCAUAAUGCCGAAUUACACUCAAUCUUAUAUAAAGUGAACAUAUCUGCAAUGUAUCCUAAUAUUUGUGUAUUACAUUUAAUAUUACU